UUGAACAAAAACAAAAACAUUCAUCUUGCCUACGAGUCUGAAAUGGAAAAGACAUGGAAACUUUUGAUUUUCCUGACGAUGAAACAGAUAUGCACGGCUGAAAAUGACAUCACUUUCACUGUGUUCACGGUCACAUCCAAAAGUAUGACCAUGCAGUGGACAGGACAUAGUGGCGCCACGUCCUACAAGAUCACAGCGACACCCAAAAGCUCUCCAGAGCGUUCCGUUUUUGUUCAGUUCAGUGGUGACACGGUGAUGGGCUCGGUCAACUCUCUGUCACCAAACACAGUGUACACCAUGCACUUUGAGGCCAUGGACGAUGCCCUCAACGUGCUGAGCAGUGCAGAGACUGAAGAGUUGACAGCCCCAGAGGUACCCAGCAUUGAGCAGGCCUACUCCAAGCACAGCGACAGCAUCACUGUGGAGUUCGCUGAGGUUGUCGGUGCGACCAGCUACAUCUUGAGGGCGGUGUCACAGAGCCACGAUUUCUUCUCGGAGACCACGGUGAGCAGUUCCCCGGGCACCGUGGUGAAGCUUCAUCCAUACACACACUACAAACUGAGCAUCAUCUCUAUCAACGCGGGGGGGCGGAGCCAGCCUUCAUACCCCAUUAAGGCCAGAACAGUGCUGAUGGCGCCUAUGUUGAACUCCACCUCCCCUGAUGGUGACACCAUCCUGGUCAUCUGGUCCCCCGUUGAGUACGCCGUCCUCUACUCGCUCUGCGUCAUCCAGCAGGGCUCCAUCUCACGCCUCAAAGUCAACACCACGGACAACACUUUAACCUUUGGUGACCUUGAGGCAGGGACCACCUAUUGCAUCAAAGGCACAGCUUGGGACUCUGAAGGCCGCGCUGGAGACGACCUCACCGUCUGCCAGAUCACACGUCCACCAAGUCCAGAUGUGAUCCACGUCCAGGUGACUCAGGGCCGGGCCCUCGGCAUCGCUGUGUACUGGGUGUUUGUGCAGGGAGCUGAGGAGUACUUGGCUUGGACCACCAACGGCCAAAAUUGUACCGCCACAACCAAUAACUACUGUUACAUCAGUGCUGUGACGUGUGGUCAGAAUCACUCGGUCUCUGUCACUGCCUUCAACUCGGCUGGACCCAGCACCCCUUCGCCACCAGCUGACUACGUUACAUACCCAUGUCCUCCAGACAACAUCAGGGUGGAGGAGCCUAACACUGGCAACUGCACAGUGGUGUGGGAUGAAGUACCACUGGUGGAGUUCUAUAUGACCUUCAUAAAGCGGGACGAUGGUACCGAGAAGUUUUGCAACACCACAGGAAGUAGCUGCCACUUUUUCUGCAUGUGUGGUUACACCUACCUCACCAGCGUCUUCCCCUACAACCAGGCUGGCUCAAGUCCCGAUGCACAUGUGCAGAACUACACCACCAUUCCAUGCUGCCCAGAGGGUGUUUCUUUAGAAUCCGUUUCCUCGGAAACCCUGGAGGUCACAUGGUCACCGGUCAAAGGGGCAGAGCUUUACGAGACAACCGCAGUGCAGGCCGAUGAAGCCAUCCAUUGUAAUGACACAGAGCCUGUUUGUGCACUGUCGGAUUUGAGGUGCAAUGCAAUAUACUCUGUGAUGGUCACACCUUGCAGCGAGUUACGAGGGUGCAACCGCACUUGCAUGUCACACGCUCACGAGACAGCUCCUUGUGCUCCAGAUAUUCUGAAUAUGACGCAGUCCAACCACUCAUCGUACACAGUCCUGUUGACGGCCCCCAACGACCAAAAUACAAAUUAUACCGUCGCUGCUGUGGGCCGCUACGACACCCACACUUGCCAUGGAAGAAACAGCUCCUGUGAGCUAACGGAGUUGCCCUGUGGUUCGACAUAUGAUGUCACAGCUGUGGCCACCACAACUGCAGGAACGAGUCUAACCGGAUACAGUAAAGUUUUAGAAACAGGUCCUUGCUGCCCCACGUCCAUGAACGUGAGCCAGGUCACACAGGCUAUGACCAACGUGACAUGGUCAGCUGGGCAUGGAGCCCAUUCCUUCAUUGCCACACUGACAUCACCACGUGGACACGCCAAGUGUCACACUAUGGACAUCCACUGCUUGAUGGGAUGUAUCACUUGCGGUACUAACUACAGUGUCACCCUGGAAGCCAUCAGCAGCACUGGACACAUGUCUGAGUGCAAAUACCAUGGCUUCUCAUCAAGUGCCUGCUGCCCGACCAAUGUCAAACUAUACCGCUGGGCCAACAACUCCCUAAGGGUGUACUGGCGCACAUCCUGGAGCUCUCAGGUCCAGCAGCACGUGGUGGAGCUGUACGGGACUGUGGCCAACUACACUUGCCUGGCGGCUGCCAACAACAAAUAUUGCGACAUCCAGGAGGAAACAUGCGGGGAUGUCUACACAGUGGUGGCGGCACCAGUUGGAGCUGACGGCGUCAAAGUGAGCUUCUGUCAGCAGAGGACAUACUCAGUUCCCUGCAAAGGAUUUAAUGCUGCCCUGGUGAUCUCUCGAGGGAGAAGAAGCAUAAAAUAAAGCGGGGAGCCUCUUAACGACACCCCAACACGGAGGAGGACUGUUUACAUCUAAUGUGGACAUCCAGCAUACAGUACAUGGA